AUCAAAAAAAAUUUGAUGCUACUUUUCCCAUCUUUUUAUUUCAAUCUAGAAUCAAUCCUGCCUUGCGUUGAAAAAAAACAUUCUGGCGAUAGAGCUGCUGAUUACGUGAAUUUUGUUGAAAUCAGGAUGGCUGCAAGCGCAAAAACAUCCCAAGGUUUGCGGGCCCUCUUCAGAAGAGGCUGGAACGAAAUCCCAGAAGUGGUUGGUUCCUCAGUUAUGGCCGUAAUUGGAGUCGGAUUAACUGCGAUCGGCCUAGUCAGAUACUACAGUAACGACAUGGAUAAUCGCGUUUAUAAAAUGGAUUACGUCGUGAUGCGUCCGGACGAUCCACGCGUCGCAAGAAUACGCAAAGAUUGAAGAAUGGAUAUAAUGUAGACGCUUGGAGACUAAAUAAAACAGCGGUUAUGAUCAUUUAUUGUA